UUUCGCAUGUGAUGUUGACAGUUGAGGCGCCGGCCUAAAAAAACUAUUUCGGUGAAUUUAGUGCAAUUUGCAAUGUUCUGUAAUUUAUAUUAAGAGAAGUGCACUUAUUCGUUCUUAUCAGUUGGACAUGAAGGUGCUCUAACACGUGUUACACCGAACCACAACAAGGAUGACUUCCGCGUUCAGCUCGGGCGAUAGUAUCGCCGAAAAUCAGGCGGGAGCAGCCGGGAAAGUGGAACGGAUAGCCCUGGAAUACGUCUGGGGACCGGAUCAGCUGCGACGCUGCCAAGCAUGGAUUGAACAGAAGCAACUGCAACGGAUUGCUCUUCAGCUGCCGGAUGAGGCCCUGUGCCACAGUGUACGCAUAGCAAGCGAUCUGCAGGAACUGCCUGUUGGCCAGAAACUUCUAGUCUUUGUACUGGGCGAUACAUCGUACGGCAGCUGCUGUGUCGACGAGAUAGCAGCCUCUCAUGCCAGCGCGGACGGAAUCAUUCACUUUGGACAUGCCUGCCUCAGUAAAGUCGUACGCAUCCCGACGCUUCACAUCUUCUACCGCUACCCAGUCCAGGGGGACGAUCUGCUGCAAGCACUGAGCGAAAAGUUCGAAGAUCGUUCCAGUCCAUUUUCCAUUUUCUAUGAUGUCGCCUACGAGCACGCCUUAAUGCAGCUGAAGGAACGAAUCGUGGAGCGUUUUCCAAAUGCCUGGAUAGCGCAGCUGGCGCAAGCAGAUGAGAAACCGGAUGUGUUGUGUUGGAAGAUCCCCCCGGAGCGGAUCGUGAGCGAACAUCCGGCCGUUUAUGUUGGACACCAUAAUCUUAGCUUUUUCAACUCAUCCGUAGCCAUUGCCGCCCGAGGCUGGUACUUGCUGGACGUCAAGGCCGGAAAGGUGAAGCUAGAACAGAAUGAUGAACUGCAAGAAGCGAAGUGGAUGAAACGUCGAAACUAUGCCAUACUCCGGUGUAGGGAUGCGACAUCGCUCGGAAUUGUCGUUGGUACACUCUCCUUCGACGGAUACCUAGAAGUGGUAGAUCGGCUUCAGCGACUGGCCAAAGCACGGGGCGUCCGCACGUACCUGUUCUCAGUGGGGAAGGUUAACGUGGCCAAAUUGGCCAAUUUUAGCGAGAUCGAAUGUUUCGUGCUAGUCGGCUGUCCGGAAAAUGAUAUCUUCCUGUCGCGAGACUUUUACCGCCCGCUGCUGUCGGUGUUUGAGGCAGAGAUUGCGCUGAAUCCCGGAUGGCGAGCCCCGCAAACCGAGAUAAAGUACACGACGAACUUUCUCGACGUUCUACCGAGCGGAAGAUUGUACCUUGACGAUCGGGACCACCAGCACGAGCAGGAGGAAACAGAUGUUAGUUUGAUUACGGGUAAAAUACGAUACAUCCCGCGAUUGGAUGAGGACCAGGCUGUUGCGGCCACUACGCAAGAGUUGGCGCUGAAAGGGAGAAAUGAGGUGGCCACCAUAAGUUCGGCGGACACAUUCGCGAAUCGAUCGUGGCAAGGAUUGGAGCAGCGACUGGGUCAGGAUGCACCGGCAGUGAUCGAAGAGGGGCGCUCCGGUCUACCGAUCAAGUACGAAAAUGACCCAUAAGGGAGCUUAUGCAACUUUUUUAAACUCCAUAUGUUUUUUGUUCACAACACGGCGCUUGGGGUCGUGCAAAAGUAGGUCAUCGGCGCCAAAUAAAGCGAAAAAAUUAAAGUGGGGAUGGAGUUUUGUUGA